CGAUGAGAAACUAUAGUCGGGCUGGAUGCAAUGGCCUGGACCAAUUGGUUUGAUUUGCCGCGAUUCUAAUAUAUCUCAGAAGCUACAUAUAUUUUCAAGGUGAUAUAAUUAUCCAAUUUAUGCGACGAUUAGCGGCAGGUCCUUUUCAUCCAAAAAAAGAAAAGAAAAAUACUCUUUCUCCGCCCCGCCGCAGCCUUGUUGCGUGUUUGCGGGGAACAAAAGCCCUUUCGGAAUAUACAGAAACACCCAGAUAAAACACAGAAAUAAGACUGGGAAUGACAUCUACUCCACCUACUAAGCGCCAGAGGCGCAGCGAGUACCGCAAAACUCAAGAGCAACAGAUUCAGAGCGGCGAAGUCCACCUCCCUAAGAAAAGGCUAUAUCGGCAGCGCGCCCAUGCGAACCCGUUCUCAGAUCAUAGAUUAUCAUACCCAAUCAGCCCAGCACAUAUGGAUUGGUCGACGCAUUACCCUGCGUUUGUAGACCCAAAUCCGGACAAUGUAAACCUGAGUGGUGCACGGUGCUUAACAAAAAAUGUGGAGAUAGCGGAUAUUGGAUGCGGGUUUGGGGGAUUAUUAGUCGCCCUAGCGCCCUUAAUGCCAGAUACGCUGAUGGUUGGUAUGGAGCUCCGGUCUCAAGUCCUCGACUAUGUGACGGAUCGCAUUCGCGCUCUCCGUGCACAACGACCCGCACCUCCCCUUCCCAGCCCUAACUCACCAUCCACACCUCCACCAACAGCUGCUUCUGCUGUUUCACCAUCGCAAUCCCAAUCGCAGUCACUAUCGCCAGCCCCCUCCUCGUUCUCACAGUCGUCGCAAGCCAGCUACCAAAAUAUCUCCGCUAUCCGCACGAACACCAUGAAAUUCCUCCCGAACUUCUUCGCCCACCGCCAGCUCUCUUCCAUUUUCAUCUGCUUCCCAGAUCCACAUUUCAAAACCCGCAAGCACAAGGCGCGCAUUGUAUCGUCAUCGUUAAACGCGGAGUAUGCAUAUGUUCUCCGGCCUGGUGGGAAGUUGUACACCAUCACUGAUGUGGAGGAGUUGCAUCGGUGGAUGGUUAGCCAUUUUGAUGUUGGGGGUGGUGAGGAGGAGGCGGGAGAAGAAGGGGGGAUAAAUACUGUAAAGGAGCUGUUUGAGCGGGUUGGGGAUGAGGAGCUGGAGCGGGACCCGUGUGUUAAGGUUAUGAUGGAGGAGACGGAGGAGGGGAAGAAGGUCACAAGAAAUAAGGGAAAGAAGUUCGUCGCAGUAUGGAGGCGAAAGGAAGAUCCACAGUGGCCAUGAACAGAUCAGAUCAAGCUCCUCACUAGCCGUUAUAUAUACAUUUGAAAUUUGAAGAUGCGUUGUUCUAAGGGGCCAUUCCGAAACGUGGAAAGCAAUCUUCGAAUUUUACAAGUCAAAUCACUACUCCGAGUUUGUCACCGGUCAUCCGCCAGCAUGGACCGGCUCUCCUCCCAAAGCACCUCGGGGUUUGGAUGGCUGCAACCGCAGUACUCGAAACGACAGCCCCUCCUAACAAUUCAAUCCCGUCGAAAUAAGCAACGUCAAGGACAAACGUAUUAGAAAUCGAAUUUUCAAAUACAAACUCUCAGGAGAACGAGCAAAUACACAAGAGCUAGCGAUGCUAAAUAAAUAGCAUAAAACUCCGACAAAGCUCCCAAAACUAUUUCAAUCAAAAUUAAAAUCCCCACUCGCAGACACAACCUACUCUAUUAUGCUUCCAUACCCCAAAAUGAGUUCAGGUUCACAAAACGGCAAGCAAGAAUAAUGAUAAGCACGGGAGCCCCUGAAGGGGAACCAUAACGCAGACGAUAAAAAUUGAGAAAACCGAAAAUACCUAAAAGCAACGCUCACAAUAAACGCAAUACUACUUCAUCACAUUCGUCCGAAGAGAGCUACUGACAAUCCGUAUCGAUUCGGGGCAAACUCGAAACCAUAUUGUUUAAUAGCAAUACUGUUCCACAUAGUGCACGGCUUCGGUAGCAAAACAGGGCGAUCAAUGUCCAAAAAAUGCCGUACACAGGGCCACCAUGACCUUUUGAGCCAAAGUUUUUGUAUUCCGCAAUAGAAGUUGAAGAGAUAUAUUGAACCCAAAUAUCCCAAAAAUUAAUCAAGCUUUCAGCCUUCGUCCCUCGCAAGCUUCGCAAACAGCGGUUUCAAUAGGGCCAAUAAUCGGACGUCCCUUUCUCGUGAAUCUCUGUUCCGCUUCCCUGACAAAAAAGCGCCCUUCAGAACCGAAACUGCCACUGCACUCGCUGCACACAAAGCACUUCUCAUGCCAUUGGCCACCGAGAGCGGUAACCACAACAUCGUCGAGCACCGGCUGCUUGCACCCCUGACAGCGGGAGGCGGUACGUUUAGAAUGACAACCGACGCACCACGCGUACCCAGCUUUCUCCACGAAAGGGGUAGUCGGCGUGAAGGGGUCACCGCAUUCAGCGCAGAAGAAGUGACCGACAUGCCACUCCGCCCCGCACGCGACGACAACUUCGCCUUCUAUAGGCGUCUUGCAGCUCUUGCACCUUGGGCUGAAAAGCUCGUGGAAAUCUAGAUGACAGUAAAAUCGUUUGUCAUUGGCUCCUUCGUCGUUAGAUUCAGCGUCCGCUAACCUUUCUGCUCGUUUAUCUUCGGGUUCCUGGUAGAAAGCGACACAUUCAAGUGGGGUCUGGCAGUGAUAGCACGUGAAGCAUUCGGGGUGGAAACGGGAUUCGCAGGCUGUUACUAUGCGGCCGGCUAUGGAUAGCCCACAAGCUGUGCACGAUGCGGUCGGAACGCCAGUUCGGGUAUAAGGUGUGUACCAGCGGUUAGUAGACGAACCUCUCGAGUUUAUGGAGUUCUGCUUUCUAUUUUGGCUGAUUUCCGGGUUUGGUAGUGGUCGGGGCUUUUGCUCCGCAGCCUUCAUCUCAGAAAUUGUCGGUGGUGCGGAGGACGAGACAGUGGGUGCUGCUGAAUCGUCUCCACAAAUAUUGAUGGCUGGAACCGAGGGCUCGUCCGGAAGGUUGAUAGUAGGUACCGCACCCACGGCAGGGGGUGUAACCUCCACGGUUGGCUCCUUUAUAGAUCCCCUAAGACUAUUUCGUGGAGAAUCUCUGGGAGAAUUGCUCUGCGAUUUAUCUCUCCAAGACGGGUCGAAGCUCACGAUUGGGCGGCCAGGACGAUCGCUAACAGCAGUGGGCAUAGGUAGCUUGGUACUGCGAUCCUUGCGUCGCAUGCUCGUGGCUGCACGAAUGUCGUCGCUGCGGAUUUCUUUACCAUCUUUAGUAUCCUCACCAUUUGUGCCACUAGUGGCAGAGGGGGAGGGAGAUGGAUUUUCUGUAUAAAGAGGGUUCCUCGAUUGCGACGGCGGAUUCCUAUGAAUGUCUAACACAGAUUUCUUCUCUUCCGGAACUAAUUUCCUAGGAAAAGGCCGGGCACCUCGAGGCAAUGAAUUUCGAGGCUUAACUUUCAAAGCUGAGCUUGGCAGUGCGGAGUGUGUGGUCUCAGCGUUAUUUAGAGCUCCGUCCUCCUGUGGUUCCUCAUAUAUUUGAUCCUCUGGAUUUCGGAAGAUGCCCUUCGCUGAAUCGUUGCUGGCAAUUCUCGUCCGCGGACUGACUUUCCUCCGUGCAACUGUCUUGGGGGAAUUGGAAUCCUCCCGGGCCACUGCAAAGUUAACGUUAGGCUUUUGUCGCAGGGUUCCAUUUUUCGUGAUAAAGAUAGUUUCAUUAUCCUCAGGAACCUCAACGAUUUUCGGUGGAACAUGGGUUCCUGUGGGAUCUCCUCGCCUUUGGAAUUCAGGGCUUUCCCUGCCUGUACGACUCCCAUUCGAUGAACUAUCUGAUGCAGAUCUGUAACCUCCUGACGAAGAAACACUUCCAUGAGGCCCCUUCUUCAAAUGUUGACGGAAUCGAUGGGUGCCAUUAAGGUCGGGGUUCCGGUAGGCAGCAUGUGGAUUAAGCUUCGGAAAGCCAGAGGUCUGGUGGCUCAGUACCAAUUGUGUAGCCUCCUCCUGGGCUGCAGCAUGCAAUCGCUUUUCCUCAUCUAGAAAAUCCAUUUCUUCUAAAGCUUGCCGUAACGACCGUGCUUCCUCUUGUUCUAUCCAUCUCUGGCUCCGUACUUUGUAUGUUCCCGUCGUCGACCUAAUACUCGCGGUUGGAGAAAGGCUUCUUGAUAAAUCAUAUGCUUGUUCUAGAUCUUCUUCUGACGACUGCCCAGUGGAUCCACUUCCAUGGGAAAGUCCUGAGGUUGUUCUGUGGUGCGAUAGAGCACUUCUUGAGCGCUGAUAGGGCUCGAUGGAGGAAAGAAGAUGGCUUUCUGAGUUCGCGUUCAUAGAAAGUGCUGACGAUGCACGGGGUGGUAUAUCACUCCUGAGUCUUUGGCUCAACGAGUCAUUCUUUGUAGGUAAUGGUCGAGAUCCAUUAGGGCGGGGGGGUCUAUUUGUACGCAGGUCCUUUAGGUAUGUUGCUAUGGGGAGAAACGGGUCAGUACUCAUUGGCUAGGUAGCUCCUUGUCUGAAGCAUAGAAGACAUGCAAAGAUAUAAACAGCCACAAUCUCGUACGGGACGAACCCUCCAUAGUUAUGGUAAGCUAGGUACAGGAGGGGAGGGGAAAUGAAGGGAUACCGACCAAUCUGUUCCUCGUUCAUGUAGCUUGGUCCUGGAGGGGACACCUUCCGGGUCCCAUUUUUGGAUCGUGAAGCACUGUGAAUCAUAGCUGCUAGAUGAGUUCACUGAGGGUUACCCUGAAUAUGACGAGAUCAGGUUAUGGGGUCAUCAGUAAUAUCGUGGACUAUGGAAGCUGUAAUGGUGGCUUUGUAUACGGUUGUUUGGUGGUUUGGACCUAGAGCUGAGCUUUUAUAAAUAGGAGUUUAGAGCAAUAACUAGUUUAUAGUAUUUGUUGACACGGAGGUUUAGCAGUGUUUAUUGACAACACUUGAUAAUUCUAUGGUGAUAUAGCUGUAGGAGCAUUAGAAGACGGGCA